UAAUCAGCCAAAUUCGGCCCUCAAGGUCACCGAUGGAGAAUGUGCUCAAAGGAGUGGUAGCGUACGUCGAUGUCAAGUCAUCAUUUGGAAACCCGGCAAUCGCUCUUAGUGCCAGUCUUGAAUCUUUAGGAGCCAGAGUGUGUCAUUCUUUAAGUCACUUGGUUACACAUGUUAUUUUUCGAAAUGGCUCAGAAGUGGUCAGAAGUUGGGCUUUAAAGAGAAAUAUACCAGUAGUAUCUCCAGCAUGGGUAAAGGCUUCUAGAAUGAUGAAGGUUAAAGCUCCUGAGGCGGCCUACUGUGAAAAAGAGGACAAAAAUGAUCUCUCUGGAUUAUCCACAAAACCAGAUAGCGAAGAUAAUGGUGAUAUAAAGGCCGUUGAUAGAACUGGUGUGGCCAUUUCAGACAAGGAAUGCAACAAUGGAUUGUCAGUUUUUAAACCGAUUCGUGUGAGUGAGAAAUUUAUUAGACCGAAAACACCUCCUGGGAUGAGGGAAUUUCUACUUCGUAUUCAGAAAGGUCAAAAAUUAAAUGGGGAAGACACUAUUUGUGAUGAAACUGUACUGAUGAACUCAAAGGAAAACAUUGAAAAUGAAAAACAGAGGCCAAAUGAUGAAGAAGGCUUUCAAAAUUCCGACGAAAAACCAAAAGCUUUAACUAACUCUCCAAUUACUUCUACUCAAAAUAUAACAGAUCAAUCAAACGUUUUAGAAUUUCGUAAUUCUUUAUCACCUAUUGUUAAUCCAUCUCAAAGUUUAGAUAUCAUUGAAGAUAGUAUAAUAAGUAAUUCUUUAAUAGAAAAUUAUCCUGUUAUAACUAAUUCCGAACAAAAAUUAUCAUCUAAAUUUCGUCUUAUCAAUCCAAAUAUUAAUUCACCAAUAGAACAAUUAAUUGUUCCAAAAAUUAAAAAUACAUCAUAUUUAUUCAAUGAAAUGAAUAAUCAAUCCAAAAAAUUGAAAAGGAAAUCACCUAUUAAUAGUAAAAGACUUUCAAUUGGUACUCCACUUACACCAGAUAUUCUAUUGGAUUUUGUCAGUUCUACACAUUCAUCAAAAUUGACUAAUACAAAAAAACAUAGUACUGAAUCUGUAGACAAUAAAUUGGAAAGUGUUCAACAACAAAUAAAAAAAUCAAACUUAGUAACACAUAGAAAAUCUACAAAAUUAUUCUCGAAUUUAAAAAAUUCACCGUUAGUUACACCUAAAUUACGUAGUAAGUCAAUUCUCAAGGAGGUUAAUCAUAACAGUAAUACCACUACGACUACUACUACUACUACUAAUGAUGAUGAUGAUCAUAAUAAUAAGGUUAAAUUAAAGACUACACUAUCUACCGGUAAAAGAACACCAAUUCACAAACAAUCAAGUCAGUCUACUCACAAUAAUCAGUUAAAAAAUAAAAGUAUUACAGAGAAGAAAAUGAAUAAUAAUCAAGAAACUAAAAAUCUCUUAGCAUCAUCUAGUCGUAAACAGAAUGUUAAUUCUUCAAAAGAUAUUUCAAUUCAACAGCGAAAAAGAUCAAUGAGUACAUUAUGUACGCAAACAUUACGACCUAUAAUUGAUCGUUUACCAUCCAAUAUAGAUUUAGACGCAACAACAAUUGUUCAUUGUUUAGAUAAAUCAGAAUCAGUUAACAAGCAACAAGAUAAAUCAAAGCAAACUUUAAUGGUAUCUAAUUCUGUUCAUAAAAAAUCAUGUAGUGUAACCAACGAACUGUUACCAGACAAUCAUUAUAAAAGAAAGUCAAAUAAUAACGAAAUUAUACCAUUAUCAACAACACCGAAACGUCUGUCUGUGAGUCAAAUAAAAACUAUCAACAAACGUAGUAGUUUAGAAGAAUUUCGGUCUACACCACAGGUAAAACGCAAAGAUAUGUCGAUAAGAUCUCCACUGGUGUCUGAAAUAGGUGCAACAAGGAUCAGCAUAGUAUUUAGUGGAACUCAAUCAGAAGAAGAACAAGUUUUAAUUGCAUUACUGAAAUCAAGCAAUUUAAUUGGUUAUGAUAUAAUUAAACCUUCCUUUUCACAUUCUCAUUUAACAAGAACAAAAUGUAAACUUGGUACAGCUAAUCGUUCUUUUGGUUUAUCACAAUUUACACAUUUAGUCACAGAAUCCCCUUGUCGAAGAACAUUGAAAUUAUUUCAUGCUUUAAUUCGUGGUGCACAUAUUGUCACUACUGACUGGAUACGUCAAUCAGUAACUUUAAAUAUGUGGUUAUCUGAAGUAGAAUUUAAACCUCCUGGAUUACCUCGUUUAUCACGUAUGCAAACAAUGAAUAGAUUAUUUUCAAGUGUCGGUAUUAUUUAUGUUGAUAUUGAUACAAAACCACCACGUCAAGAUCUUGUCGACUUAUUGAAUUUAGGCGGUGCAGUUCUUACCAAUAGGAAAACAGAAGCUACAAUUCUUAUCGGUUGUAAUAUGUUAAAUAAAAUAUGUAUUAAACCGAAGUGGAUUUUAGAUUCUAUAUUUCAAGCCAAAUUAUUAGCAUUAACAGAUUAUGAAAUGUAGACUGGAGUAAUAUUGUUUUAUUUUCACUUUUCAAUGUACAUUCAUCUAAGUCUAUUCUCAUAUUGUAAUUUUCAUCUUAAUUAGUUUUUAUUUGUUUGUUUUUUCUUUCUUUCUUUCUUUUUUUCUUUCUUUCUUUCUUAACUAAUUGUAUAUAAGUUUUUGAUUGAGAUCAUGAAGUGAUUGAUGUUAGACGGCUUUAGGAAACCUAGAAGCACUGGACGGUCGUUUCGUCCUAUUUCGGGACUCCAUUACUUCUAGAUUUCCAAUGGUAGUCUAACAUCAAUCAGUUCAUGAUUUCAAUCAAAAACUUAAUAAUCUCC